CUUAACAAAUUAAAUACUGAUUUAUAAAAUAAAACAUAACUUAUAUAUGAACCUAAAAUAUAUAAUGACAUAUCAUGUAAUUAGUCUAGUAAUCUAAGUCUUUUUAAAACAAUUAGCUGAAGAUGAAUGUGAGAUUCACAUAUGAGUAUAAUGACACCACCGUAAAUACUUAUAAAAAUAAAGAUGCUAUUUAAAAAUACUUCUCAAUUAAUAUAUAAGAGAUAAGUAACAUUAGUUAAGAAAAAUGAUAAUUAAUAACUUAAUUUACUUUUUUUGUGUGUUUCCGUUAAGAUAAUAAGACCCAUUCACCUGUUCCCACCACUUUACUAGAAGUAGCUGCUACUAGUCCCUCACUCCCCACGACAGCACUCUCUGAUAACCUUAAUCUCUCUCACUUUCCGGCUCCUUCUUAAGCUUCAUCUCUCUUCUCUCUAGAAGCAGAUGCAGAAGCAGAAUAUGGAUUUAUUAACAUCUCUUGUGUUCCUUCUCCUUCUCUCAUCCAUUUCAUUCUCAGAUACUAGUUCCAUCGGAGUAAACUACGGCCGAAUCUCCGACGAACUCCCAUCAGCAUUCAAAGUAGUCCAGCUCCUAAAAUCCCAAGGAAUCGACCGGGUCAAAAUCUUCGACGCCGACCCGGCCGUUCUCAAAGCCUUAUCCGGAUCUGGAAUCCGGGUCACAGUAGAUCUCCCAAACGAAAUGCUAUUCUCAGCCGCCAAACGCGCUUCCUUCGCCGCUUCAUGGGUCAAACGCAACGUUGCGGCUUAUCAUCCUUCGACGCAGAUCGAAUCAAUCGCCGUAGGAAACGAAGUUUUUGUUGACCCACACAACACGACAAAAUACUUAAUCCCAGCUAUGAGAAACAUUCACACAGCUCUCGUCAGUUACAAGCUCCACUCCUCCAUCAAAAUCUCAUCUCCAUUAGCGUUAAGCGCGCUUCAAAACUCUUACCCAUCUUCCUCCGGUUCAUUUCGAUCGGAAUUAACCGAUCUCGUCAUUAAACCGAUGCUGGAUUUCUUACGCGAAACCGGUUCGAGGCUCAUGAUCAAUGUCUAUCCCUUCUUCGCUUACGAAGGAAACUCCGAUGUGAUUCCUCUCGAUUACGCUUUGCUAAGAGAGAAUCCGGGAAUGGUUGACUCCGGUAACGGAUUGAGAUAUUUCAACCUCUUCGACGCUCAGAUCGACGCCGUUUUCGCAGCGAUGUCGGCUUUAAAAUAUGACGAUCUGGAAAUUAUCGUGACGGAGACUGGCUGGCCGUCUAAAGGAGACGAGAACGAAGUCGGAGCCACCGUGGCAAACGCAGCGUCUUACAACGGGAACUUAAUCCGUCGGAUUUUAACCGGAGGCGGUACACCGCUGCGUCCUAAAGCAGAUCUUACCGUUUAUCUCUUCGCUCUAUUCAACGAGAACAAGAAAUUCGGGCCGACUUCGGAGAGAAACUACGGCCUCUUCUUCCCCGACGAGAAGAAAGUCUACGAGAUUCCUUUCACACAGGAAGGUUUAAAGCAUUAUCGCGACGGUGGUCAUAAUACUCCGGCGACCGGAGAUCGGCGAGUCACGCCUCCGAAUAACGGUGGUGGUGUUUCGAAGAGCUUGACGGGGAGCUUGUGGUGUGUGGCUAAUGGUGAUGCUGGGGAGGAUCGGCUACAGGGAGGUUUAGAUUACGCUUGUGGUGAAGGAGGUGCUGAUUGCCGUCCGAUUCAGCCUGGUGCCACGUGUUAUAGCCCAGAUACGCUUGAGGCGCACGCUUCGUUUGCUUUCAAUAGUUAUUACCAGAAGAAAGGUCGUGCCGGAGGUAGCUGUUACUUCGGCGGCGCCGCUUACGUCGUUAGCCAACCACCGAAGUACGGCGGAAGAUGCGAGUUUCCGACAGGAUACUAAAGGAAGAAGAAAAGAGAAUCCCAGGGAGAAGAUGUGAGUUAGAUUUUAUCUAUAUAUAUAUAUUCGUAUCUUGCUUGUAUUCUGUUUAGCCAGAAGUUUUUUAGUUAAUUUUUGUAACUUCUGAUGACUCUUAAAUGUUAUGUUCUUAAUAUCAACCAAAAAAAUAAUGUUCUUGAUAUUUAAUAAUUUAGGUUAUCAACUUAUUUUUUUUUUGUUAAUAAACAACCAUAAGGGAUAAACUGAAUAAUACAUUCUUCAAAUGAA